CACAUUCGUGCAGCAAAAUGGCGGACCGCCAGGGCAAAAGCGGCUCCAAAAAUAAGGAGUCAGGAAUAAAAGGAUUUGAGUUGAAUCCAGGAAAAAAGAUUAUGUCUAAGAAAGAACAAGAGGAACUUAAGAAAAAGCAGGAUGAAGAAGCAGCAGCUAUGGUAUAUGAAGAAUUUGUUGCCUCUUUUGAAGACUCUCAAAAGCUGGCUAAAGCUUGGGUCAAAGGAGGCGUGGUUAAUCCAGGAGAAAAGUCAAAAGAAGAGGCCAGAGAGGAGAAAAGUCGUCUCUAUCGUCCAACCUCCAAAGUGUCAGAAGUCUCAUCCUCCCAUUCCACCAAAGAAGCAAAGAAGGAAGAGAGAGUGCGCGAGCGAGAGUCCAGAUUUGAACCAAGAUCAAGUUCAUCAUCAUCAUCAUCAUCAAAGAAAAAGAAAGAUGAGAAGAAGAAAAGCAAUUUGGAACUGUUCAAAGAAGAACUUAAAUUAAUUCAAGAAGAACGUCAGGAACGACACAAAUUGAAAAGAAAUAUCAGGGAUGAAGGAGAAGUGGAACCCCCUCCUCCUGUAGAGCCUAGACCUUCACGGCUGGGAUUGGAUUUCCUAGACAUGAGCGUCCCUUUCAGCAGAGGUUCAGCACCAGUAGAUCCUGGAGAUGAAAACACUACUAACAUUUAUGUUGGCAACAUUAAUCCAAAGAUGACAGAACAACAGCUUUGUGAGGUCUUUGGGAAGUAUGGUCCUCUGGCCAGCAUCAAGAUCAUGUGGCCACGUACAGACGAAGAGCGAUCAAGGGGGAGGAACUGUGGUUUUGUGGCAUUCAUGAAUCGCAAGGAUGGUGAAAGAGCCAUGAAUAUGUUAAGAGGCAAGGAAGUACAGGGAUUUGAAAUGAAGCUAGGAUGGGGUAAGGCUGUUCCCAUUCCUGCCCAUCCAAUCUACAUUCCACCUGCCCUUGCUGAGCUCACGCAGCCUCCUCCCCCUUCUGGACUGCCUUUCAAUGCGCAGCCCCAGAAAAAGCGGAAGGCUGACCGGGAUAGAAACAGCUAUGGUGGCAUACCACUGCCAGGUCAGUUGUCCGGAGUUGACAGCAUCUCAAGAGGAACAGACGAACCAGAGGAAGCGGAAAAGACCUUAACCAAUGCAGUUGUCAAAGUGGUUAUCCCAACAGAAAGAACACAACUAUGUCUCAUCCAUCGAAUGAUCGAAUUUGUCGUUCGAGAGGGUCCAAUGUUUGAAGCAAUGAUUAUGAAUAGAGAAUUGAAUAAUCCACAAUACAGAUUCCUGUUUGAGAAUCAGAGCCCUAACCAUAUAUACUACAGAUGGAAACUCUUCAGUAUACUUCAGGGCGAUUCUCCUUAUAAAUGGAGAACAGAAGAAUUUCGUAUGUUCAAAGGUGGGUCAUUAUGGCGACCCCCGCCCAUUAACCCUUAUACACAGGGCAUGCCAGAUGAACUUAUCAACAAGGAGGUGGAGGACACCCAUAGCCUUCCUCCCAGCUUGAGCAAAAAGGGCUCUCUUACAGACAGUCAGCGAGAUAGGCUGGAAGACAUGCUUAGAGAAUUAACCCCAGAAAGAUUGAAGGUUGGAGAGGUUAUGGUUUGGUGUCUUGACCAUGCAGAAGCAGCAGAAGAGAUUGUGGAAUGUAUCAGUGAAGCUCUGUCUAUCCUUCAGACGCCAUUGCCUAAAAAGAUUGCCCGUCUUUACCUCGUGUCUGACAUUCUGUACAACAGCAGUGCUAAAGUUCCUAAUGCCUCUUUCUUCAGAAAGUGCUUCCAAAUCAAGUUGUCUGACAUUUUCAAGGAUAUUCAUGAGACUUAUGAAAAGAUUGAUGGACGACUUAAAGCUGAACAGUUCAAGCAAAAGGUUAUGGCUUGUUUCCGAGCAUGGGAAGACUGGGCGAUCUAUCCUAAUGACUUCCUCAUCAACCUGCAAAAUAUUUUUCUUGGACUUGUCUUUUCCAAAAUCAGAUCACAGUUGCAUCCUUUUCCGAAGAUUGAAGAAAGGUCGCCAGAGUAUAAAGCAACACCAAAGUCUGAGGAUUUAGAUGGGGCCCCCAUUGAAGAUCUUGAUGGAACCCCAUUGGCUCUGGAUCCAGCAAUAACAUUUGGGAAGUCAGUUUCAGAAGACAUCGAUGGAGAUGCCCUGUCUGAGGAUCUUGAUGGCUUGCCAUUGGCUCAGUCAAAUGAAGACUUAGAUGGACGACCAAUUGGCGAGCUGCCCAAACCAGCUGCUGUUCCUGCCUUUACUCGCUCCAAGUGGGAAUCUGUUGAUGAGACAGAGCUUGAGGCACAAGCUAUGACUACAUCAAAGUGGGAUUUGCUUGAGCAAGAGAGCGAUACAGAGAAAGAGGUUGCUGCCAAGGACAUUGAUGAGGAUAUUGAUGGAGCACCACUGGUAGAAGAACCAGCUUCAUUGCCCAGUGAAUCCAGUGAUGAAGACAGUGAGGAUGGCAGCAACUCUCAGCGACAGCAGAUGUCUGAAGAGCGACGGGCCAAGCUGCGAGAAAUCGAGAUGAAGGUUGUAAAGUAUCAAGAUGACCUUGAGAUGGGACGAAGAUCUCGAAAAUCUCACAUGUCCAUUUCUGAGCAAGUUGCUUACUACAGGAAGAAGCUUUUGUCAAAGGAGGAGAGCUUGGAUGGUAUUGAUUCACCUAAUUCUCGUGAGGGACGCAAACGCCACAGGUCCAGGUCACCAGCUACACCUGUGCAGUCCAGAUCGGUGUCUCCAAAGCGUUCAAAGAAAAAUAAAAGCCCAAAGCGUUCAAAGAAGUCCAGGUCAAGGUCACGAUCACCACGGGGGAAGUCUCCACACAGCCCCAGUCGCUACAGGCACAAACACAAGAGCCGCAAACACCGAGACUGAAUAACAAGUUUAUUGCUAUACAGGUCUCAGAUAACAGAGUGAAUGUUGUUUCUCACUUGAAGAGAAAUAUUUGUUUUAACUCCCGAGCACAGUUAUUAAUCAUCAGAACAUUUCACCAUCAGGUGUAACAUGAAGUGGAGAACAGAAAUAUGUGAUGGUGUGUAUUUGUGUAUAUGUGUACAUGCAAGCGCACAUCUUAAAAUGUAAGAGAAAGCAGUGUGUACAUGGACAUAUAUGGACAGGAGUGAAUAGCUGUAUACUAUGAGUGUGCAUGUUUUGGAAAGCUAAAUAGUGUUUGUGUUUUUGAGAGAGAGAAAGAGAGGAGAGUAGAUGUGGUUGUAUGCAAAAUAUCCUUUUCACCUUACUUGUUCACAGUCCCAAGACAUAAGGACUAGUGUUACACAUUUGUUCAGGUGUGUGUUGGCUGCAGCUACUCCACUUUCUGGUAUUAUAUAAUUUCUUGAACGCAUUGUUAAAAAGCUCAGUUAUGUCCAGUCCUGGCAAAGGUGUGUACUUACGACAUACCAAACACAUUUCAAACAUAAUUUCAAAAAAAAAAAAGUGAGGAAAUUUGCUCAAAAAGGACAGUUUGUUAAUGUUGAUAAAUAUCGGCCUUGCUCCACUGCUACUAUGUUGCUUGUGUUUGGGUUAGCUACGACAGAUUAAAGUCUAUGUUAUACCAUUUGAGCUUACUACAUUGAUUUUGCUCAGAUGGCAUACCUAAUUCCAAAACCCAGAUUAAUGAUGACAUCUGUUACGGGCAGAAGGGCUCUUACCCAAGCAGUGCAAGGAUAAAUGAAGUCUUUUCUGCAUGAAGUGGAAUACAGUGCUGUGCGAUUGAACAGUUAUAGAGUCCAUCAGUUACUGUUAGCAUAUACAGGGUUGAAUGCAGACCUUACCCCCACCCCCCAACUCCCGCUAUCCCAUGGUGUCUGUAGAUUGAGUGAACCAUGUGAGAAUAGGCCAGAGCUGGUCGCCACCUAUGUGGUCCACCCUUUUUAGAAACAUGUUUGCCAUAUUCAAAUGUGAAAAAAAAAGACUUUGGGGAAAGAGGAGAGAUUACUGUAAACAAUUGAGAAUGAUAAGUGGCAUAAGUUGGUUUUCCUGCUGCCUGAACAGGCUGCUUUUCGCCUGUAUAAACAAAUGUAAAACAAAAUUAUUCGCUUUGGUUUUUUUAAUAUUUUUUUUUUGUAAGUUAAAAACUGCUUUUGUUUUUUUCUUGGUAAUGUUUCUGAACCAUUACAUCUUGUUUUCUGGAAUGUAAAGAAUGUAUGGUUGUGUGCAUAAAUGCAUGUGUGCCAGAGCAGUUGUCUCCCAAGGAGCAUGAUGGUCAUUUCACAAAUCAGUUACCAUAAAAAAAUCAAUAAAGAUGUUUACAAGUUAAA